AUGCAGUCGUGCGGCGUCUCCGUCGCCGCCGCCGCCUGCGCUGCUGCUCGGAGUCUCGGCUCGGCUUCUUCUGCUGGUGAUGAGGGAAAGAAAAUGGCGGCGGGAAAAGCGAGUGAAACAGAGGAGGACUUUCCGACACUGACAGCCCAGGAGAGGGAGACUCUGGCCGGGAUCGACAGCUCACUGUUUGGAUUUCAGAAGCUUCAUGAAGAUGGCGCCAGAACGAAGGCCCUGUUGAUGAAGGCUGUCCGCUGCUACGAUUCGCUCAUCCUGAAAGCCGAGGGGAAAGUGGAGCCUGAGGUCUUCUGCCAGCUCGGCCACUUCAACCUCCUCUUGGAGGAUUAUCCAAAAGCAUUAUCAGCAUACCAGAGGUACUACAGUUUACAAUCAGACUACUGGAAGAAUGCUGCGUUCCUGUAUGGCCUGGGAAUGGUCUACUUCCACUAUAACGCCUUUCAGUGGGCGAUCAAAGCAUUCCAGGAGGUGCUGUACAUCGAUCCGGGAUUCUCCCGGGCCAAGGAGAUCCACCUCCGUCUGGGCCUCAUGUUCAAAGUCAACACAGACUACGAGUCGAGCCUAAAGCAUUUUCAGCUGGCUUUGAUUGACUCCAACCCCUGCACUUUGUCCAAAGCUGAAAUCCAGUUCCACAUUGCUCAUCUGUAUGAGAUCCAGAAGAGAUUCGGGGCUUCCAAGGAGGCAUACGAGACCCUCCUGCAGACGGAGGACCUCCCUGCUCAGGUGAAGGCCACCACCCUGCAGCAGUUGGGCUGGAUGCAUCACACAGUGGAACAGCUGGGGGACAAAGCCAGCAGGGACAGCUAUGCCAUCCAGUGUCUGCAGAAAUCGGUGGAAGCUGACCCCAACUCCGGACAGUCUUGGUACUUCCUUGGCAGGUGCUACGCUAGCAUUGGCAAAGUCCAGGAUGCCUUCGUCUCUUAUCGGCAAUCCAUAGAUAAAUCGGAGGCCAGCGCAGAUACUUGGUGCUCUAUAGGGGUGUUGUACCAGCAGCAGAACCAGCCAAUGGACGCUCUGCAGGCCUACAUUUGCGCCGUGCAACUGGACCACAGCCACGCUGCCGCCUGGAUGGACCUUGGGACUCUGUACGAGUCCUGCAACCAGCCGCACGACGCCAUCAAGUGCUACAUCAACGCCACGCGCAGCAAAGGCUGCACCAACACCGCCGCGCUAACCCACCGCAUCAAAUGUCUCCAGGCUCAGUUGAGUAACCCCCAGCUCAGUAGCCUACAGGGUAAAAGUAAAAUGCUCCCUCUUAUUGAGGAGGCAUGGAGCCUACCAAUCCCAGCUGAGCUAACCUCCAGGCAGGGAGGCCUGAGCAGUGCACCGCAGCAGGCCUGUAAGCCCAAUCACAGCGCAGAGGGAGGGGGCUCGGGUCAGUCUCUACCCCCUCAUGCAGGCGCGCUGGGCCAAGCGGAGGACCAGUCGUGCCCGGCCAAGAGGAGAAGAGCCGGCAGUCCUGCCAAGAAUGACUCAUGGCCCAGUAAUCCACCACAACAGCCAUCACCGAGCUGGUACCUCUCCCCACAGAAAUUACAGAUGCUGGAACAGCUGCGCGGUAACCGGGGCAACCUGAAGCCCCAUGAGCUACAGGCGUUGGAGCAGCUGGAGGCUCAGCUCGCAGUAAUGCAGCAGCACCAGAUGAGGCAGAACGCAUCGGGAGCUCCGAUUCGUCCCUCCCUCCCUAACGGCCCCACCGCUAACUCCCUCCCUUCUCCUAACCCCGGCCUCCACCCCACGCGGCCCCACCUGGGCCCGCCCCGCCACCUCUGCCCGCCUCAGCCGCAGCCGAUGGCCAACGGGCCAGUCGGGCGCUUGGACGCCACGGGCGACGGUCGCAACGGCAGCGCUAAUAAUCAGCCGGGACCCAACGGAGAUGUGCCUUACCCGCCAGCCGCCGCAGCACCGCUACCUCACACCUGCACAAGCACGACGCCACAGGACGCGGCGCCGCACCUAAACUCCUCUCAGGGGCUUCAGAAGGAGUGUGUUAAACAUGCGACAGGCUCAAGCAGCGAGGGGAACCCCUCUCACCCCCAAACCCCCAACUCCACUAGUCACCCCAACAGUCAGGUUGGACAUUCCAGUAACGCCCCGUCGCCACGGCAGCCGACUCACAACCACCUCCCCUCCCCGCCGUCGCUCCCUCACUCCUCUACCUCAGGCGGUGCCGCGUCCGUUACCAAAGACGGCGAUGCCGCUGGCGCCGCGUCCCAUGGCAACGGGGGCUCGGACGGCGCGGCACAAACGUCGCUCCCGCCUGCCGAGAGCGAGAAGGCGCAGGCGGACGGACUGGCCAAUCACGUUCGCUCCGAAGAGGGAGACAAGGUGGCGGACGGUGGCGAGAAGCAAAGCCUUAGCGCAGACAAUCCCAGGCUGUCCGCCCUCCUGGUGGUGGAAAAGGGUGCCGAGGAGAGCGAGGCGCCGUCAAAGGGCACAACAUCUGCGGCGACGGGGCUGGAGCCCCAGAAGAAGAUGAACAACAUCCACCCAGCCACUCUGCCGUCCGCCCCCCAGCCGCAGGGCAGCUCGGCUGCCUCCUCCCCCAUCUCCGCCAUGUCUACCGCCACGCCCUCACCCAAAUCCUCUGAACACACCCAAACGGGGGGCCAGAGCCCCCCCACAACCACCACCGCCGCCACCGCCACGUCCACCACCGCCACCACCACGCCUGCCAUCAACGGCAACAGCAAAGGAGGCAUCUCCGAGGACUCGCAAAGCCCACUUAAGGCCGAGCCUCCCGCCAUCACAGGUCUCAUAGCAACGCCGCCGCACGGACACAACUCGUCCUCAUCCUCGUCUUCGUCUUCUUCUAUUUCCAUCUAUCCCAGCUCCACAGACGUGCUGAAGGCCUGCAGAAACCUGGGGAAGAACGGCCUUUCCAACAGCAGCAUCCUCCUCGAUAAGUGCCCCCCACCCCGGCUGCCGCCCCCACCGUCGCCGGCCCUGCCCAAAGACAAGCUCAACCCUCCCACUCCCAGCAUCUACCUGGAGAACAAAAGGGAUGCAUUUUUCCCGCCGCUGCACCAGUUCUGCACAAACCCCUCCAACCCGGUCACCGUCAUCAGAGGCCUGGCUGGAGCGCUCAAACUGGAUCUCGGCUUGUUCUCCACCAAGACGCUGGUGGAGGCCAACCCGGAGCACCCAGUGGAGGUCUGGACUCAGCUGCUGCAGCCCGCCGACGAGAACUGGGACCCGAGCGGCACCAAGAAGAUGUGGCGCUGCGAAAGCACCCGCGCUCACACCACCAUCGCCAAAUACGCGCAGUAUCAGGCCGCCUCCUUCCAGGAGUCCCUCAGGGAGGAGAAUGAAAAGAAGGCACUAAAGGAACCUUUGGACACUGAACCAUCAUCUGCAGAGAGUGCGACACGAAAAAGAAGAGGGCCCUUAAAACACAUCAAGUUCGGAACCAACAUUGACGUCUCUGACGAAAGGAAGUGGAAACAGCAGCUGCAGGAGCUCAGCAAGCUGCCGGCCUUCGCGCGGGUGGUGUCCGCCGGCAACCUGCUGAGCCACGUUGGCCACACCAUCCUGGGCAUGAACACGGUGCAGCUGUACAUGAAGGUUCCCGGCAGCAGGAUCCCGGGCCACCAAGAGCACAACGACUUCUGCGCCGUCAACAUCAACAUCGGGCCUGGCGACUGCGAGUGGUUCGCCGUGCCGGAGGCCUACUGGGGCGUGAUGAGCAACUUCUGCGAGAAGAACAACAUCAACUUCCUGAUGGGAUCGUGGUGGCCCAACCUGGAGGACCUGUACGAGUCGGACGUGCCGGUUUACCGCUUCAUCCAGCGUCCGGGCGACUUGGUGUGGCUCAACACGGGGACCAUCCACUGGGUGCAGGCCAUCGGCUGGUGCAACAACAUCGGCUGGAACGUCGGACCUCUCACCGCCCACCAAUACAAGCUGGCUGUGGAGCGUUACGAGUGGAACAAGCUGCAGAGCGUCAAGUCUAUGGUUCCCAUGGUGCACCUCUCCUGGAACAUGGCGCGGAACAUCAAAGUGUCCGACCACAAGCUGUUUGAGAUGAUCAAGUACUGCUUGCUGCGGACGUUGAAGCAGUGCCAGUGGGUGAAGGAGGCGUUGACGUCGGCCGGGAAGGAGACGGUGCUGAAGCCGAGGACGAGGGACGAGCCGGCGCACUACUGCAUCAUCUGCGAGGUGGAGGUGUUCAACCUGCUGUUCGUGCGCCGUGAGCACCUGUCCAAGAAGCAGUGCCUGGUCCACUGCCAGGACUGCGCCAGGAAGGGCAGCGCGGCACUCGACGACUUCAUGGUGCUGGAGCAGUACAGGAUGGAGGACCUGAUGCAGGUCUACGACCAGUUCACAUUAGCCCCUCCUCUUCAUUCUUCUUCAUCUUGACAUUAGGCUCUUCCUGUCUUCUUCUUCUGCUCUGGAGCCAUGAAGCCCACCUGCAGGACCCCUUGUUCUCAGAUCGGAAACAACGCCUCCACAUACGGACCCAUUUCUGAUAUUCAGGAAAAGCUAAGGCCGUCUCCCCGCCCACCCCAUCCCCACCCCACCUCCACCUCCACCCCCCUCCAUCACUGUCGCUUGAGGCUGAGGCGGCUGAGUGUCUGUCUAUGCAACCUGUUUGAAGCCAGAAGGGGGCGCCACCUGGCCUGAUAACAGGACUUUAAACAACUUUUCUUUUCCUCUCUCUUCUCCUCUCUCUUUCUAAAGACAAUGGUUUCAUGUUUUACUGGAGGAUUUAAUCAAAUACGGUUGGGAACGUGGAGGCGAGGGAUUUUUUUUUUCUUUUUCCUUUCUUUUUUUUUUUCUUUUUUUUUAAAGCGUGGUAAAAAUGUUUUUGUAGAUACUUGUUAACUGUCACAACUGGCAACACCCACCGUAAAGACUACUGACUUGACAACCUUUUUCCCGCUGUCUCUCUCCGUCUUUCUUUCCUUGUUUUUCUUCUGGUAACAGGAUGAAAUGUUGGCUUUGAUUUGUGGAACUCUUCUCCCUCCCUUCCUUCUAAGGAGCACUAGCCUAACUGGUGUGUUAUCUUUUUUUUUUUUUAUGUUUUUAUUUUUUUGUUUUGUUACGGUAGAUAGUCGUUUUAAGACUCUUUGGACAGCAAAAUCUCCCAAAAAAAAUUUGUAAUGUGAAGAGUUGAGGUAAUUUCUUUCUCUCUCUUUUUCUUCUGUUUUGCAGCUUUUUACGUUUCUUAUUUUCAAAACUUUUUUUUUCUUAGGUAAAAAAAUAAACAAAAAUAAUAAAAAAAACUGUACUAGCCAAGUCACAAAGAAAAUGGGUUGCACUUAGACUUAUGGAAGUUUAAUUUGUG